AUGUCUGCGCGUCUCGAGGACAAAGUUGCUGUCAUCACCGGCAGCUCAAAUGGGAUCGGGAGGGCCAUUGCGCUCAGAUAUGCUGCUGAGGGUGCCUAUGUUGUGUGCGCAGAUAUUGAUCCUGCGGCUAGAGGCGAUGACAACCGACCCACCCACGAAGCUAUCAAUGAGACCUAUCCUGUCACUCCGGGCGGCAAGACCACAACCCGUGCUGUAUUCGUCAAAGCGGACGCCUCUGUUUCUGAUGAUGUAGAAAACCUGAUUGCGGGGUGUGUUGAAGCGUUUGGAAGACUGGAUAUAAUCGUCAACAACGCUGGGAUAUCCCCCGCAGGCCACCAGCGGCCUGGAGACCGUAUCCACGAGACACCCGAGGAGUCCUGGGAUAGAGUCAUGGGGCUCAACGGGAAGGGGGUUUGGCUUGGAUGCAAAUUCGCCACGAAGCAGAUGCUUGCCCAGAAUCCCCACUCAAGCGGUGAUAGGGGCUGGAUCAUCAACAUGGCCUCCAUCUACGGGAACGUUGGUGGACCCGGAUCAAGCACAUACACAGCAUCCAAGCACGCGGUAGUUGGUAUCACAAAGUCUGUGGCUUUAGAAUAUGGGGGCGAUAAAAUUCAUGUAAACGCCCUCGCCCCAGGAUGGGUAGAGACAAGCCUGAGCGAGACGUUCGCUGACGCGAACAGCGACAACCCGCGCAAAAGGGCAUUCCAUGCCCACCUGGUCUCCCAGCAUCCGUUCGAUUCGCGGUUAGGUAGAACAGAGGAUAUCACUGGUGCAGCGGUGUUUUUGGCAUCGAAGGACGCCUCCUGGGUGACGGGGACGACGUUGGCGGUUGACGGCGGCUAUGUAGCGCAUUGA